AAAACACAUUUCACAACAUAUUGGAACACAGCCGUCAAAAGAUAUUACACGUUUUUUCCAAAAAGUUAGUCAAAUUGUUCAACGCUAAAUCAAAACCUAUCCAAAACGUUAGCAACAUGUCCAGUUUCACGUGCCUCAACUGUGGAGUCCGUUUUGCCACCGCUGAAAUGCAGCGAGAGCACUACAAAACCCACUGGCAUCGGUAUAACCUGAAGCGCAAGUUGGCCGAACUACCGCCGGUAACUAUAGAGGAAUUCGAGAAACGGAUAAUCCAACAGAAAACAGAAGACGCAGCUGCACUAGAAGAUCAAUCGCUUUACUGCAAGGCCUGUCGGAAGGUAUUCAAGUCAAAGAAUGCUCACGACAACCACCUAGACAGCCGGAAGCACAAGGACAAUUUGCAGCAAUAUAUUGCCCAAAGCAAUGGAACGAUCGGUGCAUCUAGUAGCAGCACGAUACAGGAGAAUGCGAUGGAAGCGGAACUGGAGGUGUCGGUGAAAUCAACACGCGCAGCAGCACGAGCCGCAGCAGCUGCCGCUGCCGGAACGGAAGUCGAUGUGGAAAUGAUAGAGGACGAUGAUUCGGACGGAUGGGAGGACGUGGAGUUUGAAAAUCCUAUCGAGCGCAACGAUUGCAUCUUCUGUCCACACCACAGUGAGGAUCUGUUGGAAAACAUCAAGCACAUGUCGAUCGUCCACUCGUUCUUCAUCCCGGAUGCGGAGUUUUGCAUCGAUGUGGAAGGUUUGCUUACUUACCUGGCUGAAAAGGUGUGCCGGGAUUACGUCUGUCUGUGGUGUAACGAGCGGGGUCGAACGUUCUACUCCAUGGAUGCGGUGCGCAAUCAUAUGACGGAAAAAGGACACUGUAAAAUGCUGCACGAAGGUGGCGCUUUGGCAGAGUACGUUGAUUUCUAUGACUACAGUAGCAGCUAUCCGGACCACGAGGACGGUAUGGAUGUGGACGCCGAACUGGACACACCGGGCCCACUCGAUGGGGAUGAAUAUCAGCUGGUAUUGCCGUCCGGCAAUGUGAUAGGGCAUCGGUCACUGUUGCGCUACUACAAACAGCGCAUCAACCCGAACCGUGCCGUUGUCGUGAAGAAAUCGACCCAGAAGCUUCACAAGGUGCUGGCACAGUAUCGCUCGCUCGGUUGGACAUCCACACAACAAGAAGCCGCAGCACGGAAUGCUCGCGAUCUGCAUGUCAUGAAGCGACAGCAGGCCAAACUUAUGCAACAAGUGGGCGUGAAGGCAAACAAGCUCCAGCAUCACUAUCGACCACAGGUUAAUUUCUAAGCUGGAAAUAUGAUUGUUUAUGAAUAAAAAGAGCAUUCUAUAUGCUUGCAAAA